AUGAUCUAUCUAGUGAAAGGCCAUGACCCAUUCAUAUCAUAGGAAGUCAAAAUUCAAAUGCCAAAAAUAUAAACUAAUUAGAAAUUUGAAAGCAAUAGUAAAUCUAUCCAAGAAAAAGAAAAGAAAAUAAUAAGAGUAGAAUCAAGGAGCAGAAGUAUCAAGAAAGGUGCAAACAAUGAGCAAAGUAGUAGCAGCAGCCCGAUGAAGACUGUGAAUUCAGUCAAGUAAUUGUCGGAUAGGAAAGUAAGUGAUGUUAAAACUAUUAACAAAUCUCCAAGUGCUGCUAGUUAACUAACUUAAUAAAAGGAUGGGAAACUUAAUCUAAAAGUGUUUCAAAAGUAAAGUAAUCAUCUAAGUUCGAGAUCGAUUGAUUUCAAGCCAGAAAAAGAUCUUUACAUAAACAAAAAGGCUUAAGACUUGUUUAACAAGUAUCUAUAAAAUGAUUAAAACACUGUUCAAACCAAUGAGGAUACUCCUUCCAGUAAAAAUAAAGAAAGUAACUCUGCUAGUAAGAAAAUAAAGUUUGAUCUGCCUAAAAGAGACAGAGGGCAAAGAACUAAGAGUCAAUAGUAUAAUGCCCUUUCAAAUUCAAAGCAGGGUGUUAUUAUUGCAGGAAGUCCAAAUAAGUUGAACUUGGAUUUAUAGCAAGAUUCAUAAUUGAGAGUCUUAUAAAAUCAUCAAUAAGUUGAUGAGGUGUUGCCUAAGCAGCAACUUAUAACAGAAAUCGCAAUACCAAAGUAGAACUUGCAAAAUAAUGAUUAAUACAUACAAUAGCAAAUCUAAUAGCCAUUUAACAUGUAAAAUUAGCAGUAAAAGAAAAAAGUCAAUCAUUCCAAAAGCCCGUCAUUUUCUUAGAAUCAUGCAGAAUAAUUUGCUUAGAUAGAGGCAUAAAGACAAGUAAUUCUUGAUGAUUAAUAGUAGCAAGAUGAGAGAAGGUCGGUGAGAUUUUUUAUUGAAGAGACAGUCAUUAAUGACUAAAUUUAUACUCAGGAAAGAAAUUAAUCUUAGGAAAAGCAGAAGAAGAAUGAAAACAAAAGAGUCAAAGAUCAAUAUUCCGUUGAAAAGAAAAAAGAAAACAGUUACAUUAAUUAAAGUGACAGUUCAAGCAAAAUUGAAAAACCGAAUUAUCAAAAUCAAAAUUCUUCUCCUUAAUCAGAACCUAUUAUUAAGCUGUAAAGCACUAAAAUUAAAGAUGAUUAAAAGAUUUAAUCUUUUGCAAAGCAAACCUAAUCAUCAGUAAAGAAGAGAUAAGAUUCAAUACCUGGUCCUGAAUCUAGCUUUGCAAUGAUAGAUUAAUAGAAGUCUAUUUUCGAUCUAAUGAGUGGGAAGAAAGAUCAAACAGCUUAAUCAAAAUUCUCUGAAAUAACUGAAUAAAAUAUAUCACCAUCUAAAAAUGAUCAAUUUACUUUCAAGCCAUAACUUAAUGAAAUCAGUAAUAUAAUUGCUAAGAAAAAGAAGGAAUAGCUUAAAGAAUAUUUUAAGGAAAAGGAUAAAGAAUUAAACUUAAGGAACUCCAGAUCCUUGCCUAAAAAUCAUUUUGAAUUACUCUAUAGAUUAGAUACAGAGAGGAAAAAAUAGUAAUAAUAGAAGAUUCAUGAAUAAGGAUUGCUAAAAGAGAUGGAUGAGCUUAGAUAAUGUACAUUUAAACCUUAAUUAGAAGCCCAAAACUCUCAAGCUUAGGGUAUAGCGCAUAUGAAUCAUCUUUAAAGGAGUUCAAGUGAUUUCUAUUAGAGGAAUUUGCAAUGGUUAGAACAAAAAGAUACAAAAGUAAAGGGAGAAAGAAAGAAAGAGAAAAAAGAGAAAGUCAAGGAAUGUACAUUCAAGCCAAACUUGAGAUAAAGUGAUCAUAGCUAUCAAAAUUUGCAGAAGUCAUCUAUUCCUGAGAAAAAUAAUGGCCAGGUAAAGGGAAUGGAUAUAUUUAUUAAAAGACUUCAAGAAGCAUAAUAAAGGAAAAUGGAAGAGAUGGAAGUAUUUUUACUUCCAAGUUAGAAGAGAUAAAAGAAAUAUGGAUUGCUGAAAGGAUAAAUUGAGGGCUAGAAUGAUAAGUAAAAUAAUCAAGGAUCAUUUAAAGAAAGCUAAAAUGAAAGUUAAUAGCAGUACUUUGAUUCAAAUAAUGUCGAAAACGAUGAUAAUUAUUCAAGGCAUGAUUAUGUAUCUAAUAGAGCAAUGGUUGAUCCUGUAAAGAAAUAGAUUAAAUUUGUUCAUGAUUUUUUGAGAUCUUCGGACAACUAUCAAGAAUGA